CUCGCUCUCCAGGCGGGUUUGGCCUUUUGAGAAGCCUUGGCAAAAUGGCGCCGAAAAAAGAUAAAAAACUGAAGAAAUCAACUUGCAAAUAUAACCUUGAUCUAACCCAUCCUGUAGAAGAUGGAAUAUUUGAUUCAGGAAAUUUUGAACAGUUCCUGAAGGAAAAGGUUAAAGUGAAUGGAAAAACAGGAAACCUGGGAAAUGUAGUUCACAUUGAACGCUUAAAGAACAAGAUCACUGUGAUGUCCGAGAGGCAAUUCUCGAAAAGGUACCUGAAGUAUCUCACCAAGAAGUACCUCAAGAAGAAUAACCUGCGUGAUUGGCUGCGCGUGGUUGCGUCUGACAAGGAGACCUACGAGCUGCGCUAUUUCCAGAUCAGUCACGAGGAUGAAGAGUCUGAAGCUGAGGAAUGAGCACGAGCUUUUAUUUGGGGGGCGUUAUGUUUCUUGAUAAGCAGAGUGUACCAAUAAACCCAUCUAUUUAUGA